CCAUCAAACAUUUCCUAAUUCCAAAAGAAUGUCGAUCAUUCCAAGCUUCUUCAGUGGCCGAAGAACCAAUGUCUUCGAUCCAUUCUCCCUAGACUUAUGGGAUCCUUUAGAUGGUUUCUUAACCUCCACCCUCUCCGAUUUUCCAGCGAGUGCGCGUGAAAUUAUGUUGGCUAGAGUCGACUGGAAGGAGACGCCGGAAGUUCACAUUUUCAAGGCGGAUCUUCCGGGGUUGAAGAAGGAGGAGGUGAAGGUGGAGAUGGAGGAGGGUAGGGUGUUACAGAUAAGCGGGGAGAGAAGCCGGGAGAACGAAGAGAAGGAUGAUAAAUGGCACCGCGUAGAGCGGAGCUCUGGCAAGUUUGUGAGGAGGUUCAGGUUGCCGGAGAAUGCGAAGGUGGAUGAAGUGAAGGCUUCAAUGGAGAAUGGGGUCUUGACUGUGACUGUGCCAAAGCAGGAAAUGAAGAAGCCUGAGGUGAAAGCCAUUGAUAUCUCUGGUUAAAGCUUGAGAGAGUGUUCAUUUGUUGCUCAUGAACAAAGAGAUGCAUGGGAGGGAGGGAGAUCGUAUGAUGAAACUAUAAGUGUGUAACUUCUUUUAUUGUCAAGAAAUAAAAUAUGUGUGUUUGUUGGUGUUUUACUACAACGUAUUUACUAUUUUGUGUUAAUUUAUAUACCUUAUUAA